AUGGCAUACCGGUGCUUUUGGAGAAGCAUAACCAAUAUGAAGUUGGCUAUUGUUAUAAUUGCUUUAAGCAUGCAGGUUGCAAGUGCGGCACUUUGGUCAAAUUACGAUUCUGAAAAGGCCGAGAAAUGUACUGGCGGUGCGGGGUUAAAAUAUUUGUCCGGCGAUGCGUUAAUUGAUUCUCCCAAUUGUCUGGGGCCGAACAACUCGCCCUAUCCAAGUGCGGCUGUGGCACGAACCUUCUCGAAUUGGAACGGUAACUCCAGGCGUGGGCGUCAAAGUAAAUUCCCCUCAACGCUGGAUCCUGCGAUAACAACGAAUGCUUUACUACGUGCCUAUGACGAAGUCAAUAAUGAUCUUCCCACCAACAACCGUUUUGGUCGCUCUUUGUCAAAUGCACCUGUCAGUCAAUGCAGAGAAACACCAUCUCGCCUGUGCAAAACACGCUACAAUACGACGGCGCCAAUGUAUGGAGUCAGUUUGACAUCUGGACAGCCUGUUACCAUUGUUCAAAAGUUCCCUGAUCUGUUACAACAAGUCGUAUUCGAAGUUUGCGAAUCGGGUGAAUGUGACGUUGUACGUGGUGAAUGCACUCAGACAUAUGUGCCGUAUCUGUUUCUUGUAAUUCCGUUGGGUCCAGUCACACUGACUGGUCAGGACUACGUAUUGGUUGAGAGCGGGUGUGUAUGCAAACCCAAAUAUUCUACGGGGGCAGCGCAGGAGCCAAAUAUGAUACCUUAGUUUAUUUCCAGAACCAAAUAAAAGUUUAAUUUGUUAAUAUCUGAUAUACUGCUACACAACUACAUAUAAAGUAAACUGUUUAAAAUGGACAUUUGUACGCAUAAAUGAUGUAACUUUUCGCUGUAUUAUAUUUGCUACGAAUGCCCAUUUUUACUCUAAAUACGAUCGAUUCAACAAGUUUUCUCUGUUGAAUUUACAGUUAUUAAUAU